UCUGUGUCAGCCAUGACGUCCAAUAACUGGUGAUUCUCCACCUCAAGCAACAGCAGCAUCUACAGCAGCAACUAGAAGCGAGACAACAACAGCAACAACAACAAGGCGCAAUCGAACAGUCCACAAAAUGGAAACCGACACACACAACAACAACAACAACAGCAACAGGAACAGGUACAACAACAACAACUGCAACAAAUUUAACUCACACACAAAGUGGCGACAGGACAGCAAGCCUCCAUCUCUGGGCAGUCGCACUACGGCAACUCUGCCCCUGCUCCAGCUCCUGUUCCUGCUGCUGCUGCUGCUGUUACCUGGCCGCAUCGAUGCCUUCUGCCCCUCAAAGUGUCAGUGCCUGGGCGGCGAUGCAAACAGUCGCGCCCUGUGCGUGGACGCCGCACUGGAGGAUGUGCCCAUUCAGCUCAAUCCGGAAACAAAGUACAUAAAUCUAACACUGAAUCGCAUACGUAAUCUGGAAUUCACGCUGCCCUUCUACAUGAAACUGGAGGUGCUGGAUCUCUCGCAGAACAUCAUCGAAACGCUGGGCUCCAAGAAUUUCGAAUACCAGACGGAGCUGCGCACCCUCAAUCUGAGCAGGAAUCUGGUCAGUGCACUGCAUAAGCAUGCCUUCAAGGGCCUGACCAAUCUGCUGCUGCUGGAUCUCAGCUACAAUCGCAUCGAGACCGUGCAUCCGACGGCGCUGGGCGAUCUGGCGGCGCUGGUGGAGCUCGACCUGACCAACAACAAUAUUGUGAGCCUGGAGGAUAACUGCUUCAAGGGCAUGAUGUCGCUGGAGGUGCUCGUGUUUCGCAACAAUCGGCUAUUGGAUGUGCCGGCCAGCAAUCUGUGGCAUCUGCAUGCGCUCAAGAGCCUGGACAUGUCCGAUAAUCUGGUGGAAUUUGUGCGCAACGAUAGCUUCGAGGGCCUCAAGGAGCUGCUCGCCCUCAGCGUGCGGGGCAAUGUGAUGAGCGAACUGGAUGUGGGCGCCUUCGAGGGUCUCAUCUCGCUCAAGCACUUGGACCUAUCGGAUAACAAUUUGACGAUGGUGCCCACCCAGCAGCUCUCGAAACUUUCAAAUCUCACUUAUUUGAACCUGGGCGGCAAUCGUUUCGCCCACUUGCCAGCUGUAGCAUUUUUAAACUUGUUUCAUUUACGCGAAUUGCACUUGAGCCGCCUGGACUAUUUGCAGCGCAUCGAUUCGAGGUAAGUUUGCCAUUGAGCCAAG